UCAUUUCAUUCUCGAAGGUUUGCCUCGGCGAGUAGCAUCGGUCUUUUGUGCUGUUGCGUGUCGCGUUCUCCAGCCAGUCAGCAGCACCAGGAGGCCCCCCUUUGUGCGCAUUGAAUUGUGAAGAGAUCUUGCCAACAUUGCAAAUGGUGAAAAAGUGUUCGAUUGUGCAAAUUGUUUCAAUAUUUUCGAAUGGCGACUUGGGGUUCGCAAAUGUAGUGGCCUAAGUCGGGUGUUUCUGUAGUGCGGUGAAGUUCCGCAAAGUUUAAGGUUUGUGAGUGCAGUAUUAGUGCAAGGUUUUGUAGAAAUGUGUAAAAUUCAUAGAUAUGAAAAAGUAUUUUCUGUGCGUGAGAAAGCAGUAGCUAUUGCGUAAAAUUAGUUACUAAACUGAAGAUCAGCAUUAUCUUCCCUACUAGGUUCUAAAGUUCCGUGAAUGUGUAGUAAAAUGUUACCAGUGUGGCGAAGCUGGUUGUUUUUAUUAAUCAUCUGUUCAUAGCAUGUCACUAAUUUGUCGGUAAGCCAUUGUUAUGGUUGGAACGAAAACGGCAAGAAAAUUUCGUUCAAGCUGCUGCAGUGUGUAAGAGUGAGUUUUUGCAGGAGUUCCCGGAAGAAAAUAUUUUUGUUUGCAUUGGAGAAAGGUGAUAGAUACAAGAUACAUCUCGUAUAAAGAUAAUUACGUAAUAAACUAUUGUGCAGUGAAAGUAAAUAAAAUAGUAUUAAGUGAAUCUCACCAUAAUACAGAAGCAGUAACUGUUCAAUUUAAUUACUAUCGCAGCUCUAGUUUCAAGAGCUGUCAAUCUGAAAAAACGCUAAUUCCUACCUAGCCAUCAUCAAUUGAAGGAAGCAAAUACGGCAGGACACGAACAUGGAACCUUUAGCAUCCGUAGCAACCGGAAGGAUUAUACGGUUGCAACAGUAGGACUGUUCUCUAAAGAACCGUCGUGUCGGCAAUGAUGCAGCACCUGUUCCAGCCGAGCAACCUAAGGACUACAGCCAGAUGGAACAUCUACCAGAGGCAGACGAGUAAUCGCAUUACUAGCAAGCCUGCACCGAAAACUUACCGAGGAAAAGCAUUCCUCCUGCAGCUGUUAGAAUGGCCGGACGAACACGUGCCAUCUUGAUACUAACCCAGUUGCUACUCAUUGUACGUGUAGUGGAUCCGUCGAAAUGUGCCCUAACGUCAAGCUUUGUCAGUUUUGGCAGCAGCAGCAGCAGCAACGUCCUGGUCGGCGACUCCAGCACACUUUCGUCAGAUGGAGACGGAAGCAAACUGGGCACCAGUCGGUCAGUUCUACGCUCAUCUGACUAUCCUACUUACAAUGACAACAGCGAAAAUGUAAAUAGUCUUCUCAAAGUGUUAAGCUGUUCCGAUACAGGGCUUCGCGCGGUCAACGAGGAGUACUUGAGACCAGUGAAUUCGUAUAAGGGAGUUCUGUUGGAGCGAGUUUUGGUCGAGAAUGCGGAUAGUGAUUAUCUGGCGUUUAAGAAUGAGAACUAUCUGGAGAUGAUAAGAUGGAGUCAAAGUAAUGUUACGGAACGGCAGCUAGAACUGACGUUCGGAAGAGAAGACAAAAAAUACACUAAUUUAAAGAUACUAGAUUUAAGUGAGAAUCAUCUUACAGGCUUAAGACGAGAAUAUUUUAGUAAGCUCGAGAGACUAAAACUGUUGAAAUUAUCCGAGAAUCAAUUAUUCAAUCUUCCAAGCGAUAUUUUCUACGACUUAAUACAUUUAGAGCAGUUGCAGCUGCAGAACAACAAACUGAACGAGAUCGUACCUGGUCUACUCAGACCGCUGAAUCGGUUAAAAGUUUUGAAUUUAUCGAACAACAGCAUACAUGAUCUUCCACGGAGCAUCUUCAACGGGUUGAGCAAUCUCACCGAACUGUACAUGUCCAACAAUCGGUUGUACGUGGUACCAUUCCAAAUCUUCAAAGAGUUACGCGCAUUAGAAGUGCUGGAUGUGACCAAUAAUAUGCUCGUGUCGUUCCUGGAUAACUUCUUUCUAACCAACAAACAGCUGCGCGAACUAAGACUGAAAAACAAUAUUAUCGAGAAGAUCUCGAAAAAUGCCCUAUACGGCUUGAAGAAACUCCAAAUACUGGAUCUCUCAUCAAACAAGCUGGUGUUCAUCGAUCGCAAUGCUUUCGAUACACUAGACAACCUCAAACACCUAUACAUCAACAACAAUCAAAUCUACAUUCUCCCAUCGACGGUGUUCUCAGCGUUGAAAAAUCUGCAGUCGAUCAACCUGAGCAACAAUGUGAUGCGAACACUUCCGAAUUCAAUUUUCUCGAGCCAAUUCAAGCUGGAACAACUUUUCCUAGAUGCCACCAACUUGGAAUCCCUGAGCAAUUGGGUGUCCCGACACAACAAAACCAUCAACAAAGAAAUCCUAAGAAAUCUGCACUAUCUGUCAAUCCGCAACAACACUCGUCUAAAAGAGAUUGAACCAUGCGUUUUCCGCAACGUUCCAAAUCUGGAAACUCUGCUGCUUUCAAACAAUAGACUGACCAGCCUGCCGAAAGAGAUCGGCGAGCUAACGAAACUACGCUACCUGGACGUCGGCAACAACGACAUAAUGUACAUCCCGGAACAGAUUCGAAACCUGCACCAUCUGGAGCAAGCCAACUUUCUUAGCAAUGACUACGGUUGUGAUUGUCACAUGUACUGGAUCCUAGGCUGGAUCGAUGAACUACAAGCAGCAAACAAUAGUCAGAAAAUCUACGAUUUGCUGCAACUCUCCGAGCUCAAAUGUCGCAAUGGGUACCCGGGCGACAUCGUGCGAGUGUUGCAGCACAUCAACUGCUUUGCACCGGAGCUGCUGCAAUCUUCGGACAGUAAGAUGCACCUGCUAAAAUCGGAUGCCGUGCUGGAGUGUGUUUUCACGGGGAAUCCACCGCCCGAUAUCAUCUGGAUAACACCGACGAACGAGGUUCUACGGCACAGUCACGAGCAGGAUCACAAGUCACUGCUGUUCGAGUCGACGAGCGAGAGUGGUCCGAACAAGUAUCAACAGUCGGUCGAGUUUCAGAUGCUCACGAAUGAUAACGUAACCGGAGACGGUCCGCUGCAGGAAAAAUUGGGCAUGGGAAUAACGCUUCUGGAAAACGGGUUUCUAAGGAUUCAUAACAUAUCGCGAAGAGAUAGUGGAUUGUACACUUGCUACGCAAUCAAUAUUAUGGGGAACGCCACUGCAGGAAUCAGACUAUACAUCGAUCCAAUCGUGUUCUAUCGGGUGAAAAUCGGCAGCAUCAUUACCGGAGCCAUCUCGGCGGCAUCGUUCCUGGCGCUGACGCUGAUCUUCCAGGGUAUCCGGCGAGUGUUCAUCCAUUUCCGCAUCAUCGAUCUGAUUUGUCAGAAUUGCUGCAGCUACUGCUACCGGAACGACAAAACAUCAUCCAAGGCGCGCCAAAUCUACGCCAUGCUGGAUAAUAUCGAGCACUACAAGAGCCAACAGUUGGAGCGGCUGAGGGAAAAUUACACCCAGCAGGUUCAUCGUAUCAAGGAGAACUGUGCUCAGCAGGUCGAGUGGAUUCAGGGAAGCUACUCAACGCAGUCAAAACACUUACGUGAGAUUCGAGAUAUAGGUACCCAUCAUAUAACCACGUUGAGAGAUCAAUAUUACGAUCAGCAAGCAUCCGAAAAAUCGUACUUUCACAACAGUAGGAAAGAUACGGUACGGCGCGUUCGGGACUAUUCCACCGGUCAGCUGAAUUGGGUUCGCGAAAAUUACGUUUUCCAACGGAACAAGAUCCGCAAGUUCAGUGCUCACCAGGCACUACGACUCCGCGAGGGAUACAAGUACCAGCAGCAAACACUGAACAAAGUGCUGGAGAAUCUGCCCAGCUUCUACUUUGAAAAUUGUCGCGGUCGUAAUGAGGACGAUGAAGAAUUUGACGGUUUCGAAGUCUAUCUGAAGGCCAAAAUAGAGAAACUCUCACAGCUUGAUGCGGCCGCUGCUGCAGCUGCCAUCGCCAACGCAUCGCUCGCAUCCAAACACGGCUUGCCCCUUGGACCAGGCAACCUGAAGUAUUUGGAAAACUUUUCCUCGAAGAGUGUAGAUGAGAGCAAAGCGUCGGUGUACUUCACUCCAAACGAUGGACAUCUCAGUCCGGAGCCGUCGCUGCAGCUGCAAUUGUCGCCAAUUCAUAUCAACUAUAUCAACGAUGGAACAAUGGGAGAGGGAAGUGGUGCCGGGGCUCUAGGCACCGGAGAUACUCCGAGAUCGUUUAAAUCGGUCGUUGGUGGAUCGGGAAUCGGCGAAGGAAGCGGGAUGGCUGUGCGUUCUAUUUUAAAACCAUCGGCCAAAUUUUUGUACGAUAAGAAUGUUAAAAAAUAUCGAAAAUGUUAUCAGCCGAACCGGCUGAGUGGGGGUUACGCUGGGGAUGACAUGCUUGAGACUGUGAAGUAUGAUUGUUACAAUAAUGGCUUGGUUGGUUGUGGUGUUGAUUCAUGUGAGGAUGAGGGUAACUUUAGUAUGAGACAGAGUAGAAACCAUAAGCGAAAGAGAAGAGCAAAGGGGAUUCCGGCGGGAGGGACACAACUUUGUGAGUACGAAACGCUCUUGAUGAAAAAUCUCACCACUGAUCCGAAGGAAGCACAUUAUAAGAUUAUACAUGUGAAUAAGCUAGGCGGUGGGGGUGGAGGUGUUUGUGGAUUGGGAAGUGGAUGGACGGCUGGUCGAGCAGCAACCAGAAGAAAACCACAAGUGAACAAUGAUUACUGCUACUCGUUGGAGGACAUGAUUCAAGACAGUAAUGAGAAAAUUCGCAAGCUAAUAUACGAUUCUAAAAUAGACAUUAUGAACGAGAUGAUAACAGGGAAUAGUAGUAGGGAUAAAGUUAGUAGUAAUAGUACGAGCUACAAGAGCAACUUGAAUUUUGAAGACAUUGAACCGGAACGACCUUCAGAUAGGAUGAUUCAAAAUGUAUCUUCGGCGGCUGUGACAGAAGCGAUCCCCAGUAGUAGCAAUAGCAGCAGCGGUAGUAAUUACAACUGCCAGGGGAACAAUAGGGACUCACCUUCGACGGCGCAAAACCUCAACUAUCAUCAGCCUUUGAAAAAAAUACACAAGCUUCAUUUUGAUUCCAGUACAAACCGUAUUCAGCAGAGCACCAGCCUACCGGAGAUCUACUGUGGAUGCUCUUCUUCCAGUUCCAGCUCAAUGUUGAUGCAUAGUUCCGCCGGCAAUCCACACACAAUGGCCUCGAACAAAUCCUCCAAUCAGUCGAUUGUUCAGCAGCAUGCAAUUUCCCCAGCCUGCAACGUGAUACAACAUGCCCCGCCACUUCCCAAAUCGCUGCCCAGCAAUUCCUACCUUCAGCCAAAAGUGCACGGUAAACAUGUGAUCCUGGCGGUGGAGGAUGGUCGCAAUGGAGAAGACCCUUCCGUACCAUUACCACCUAUGCCGGAAUAUAAUGGAACUACCAGUACCGCAAAGUAGUUCAUGGUCCCCGUUAAACGUCAGCGGAAAAGAAUAAUAAAUAUAGCCAAUGUUAUUGGCGGAGCAACAUUCUAGCUCACGAUUUUUUUCGUACCUACUCGGAUGGUAUUCAAUAUCAAGUAAAAGCUGCUCGAUUUCAUAAUAUAUGAUUCAAUUAGUUAUUUUGUACAUAUAAUGAUUUUCUACGCAAUUUGCUUUCUUUGAAUAUUGCUAUUAACAACAUUUCUUAUACGUAUAAAUGGGGUUUUGUCGAACAGUAAAUAAUUUUGAUAAAUAGUCGUCAUUAUAACGUUGGUAUGUGCAGAAUCCUACGGUAGUUAUUAUCUUUUAUUCGAUGAAGGUUCCCUUUAUCAAAUUUUUGUUCGUUCGAUUAAAAUUUAUACGAAUUGCUAGUAGAUGAACGAAAGACAUUUUAAUAUAUUACUACACAAAGUAAUUGGAGUUCUUAACUAGAUGCUAGAUUUAUAUACUAAAUCAUACCAACCGACACAGAUGUCAUGAAACAUUGCUGCAAAUUAGUGAAAGUAAUAACAAUGUUACACACAUAACAAAAGAUAAGUCAACAAUGUUGUGUUUGAGAUUCACGAAACAAACGGAAAAGCAGAAAGAGUUAGAACAAAACUGUAGAAAUUUCAAUUACAGAAACUUUUAAGUGGCUGAUGAUACGAAAAAACUCAACCAUACAGAGCAGUCAUCUGAUAAUACAGAAAAUAAUUAUGAUUAUACAACUAAUACAAAACGAAGAGCGAAAUGAGCAAAAAAAUACAAUAAAUAAAAUAAAGUUCAUUGGACAAGAGAGUAGAAGACAGAGAAAAUAUAUCAAAUUUAACUAUCUAAAUAACCAAA